AUCAAGCUGCCUAAAAGCUACUGUGAUGCUGAGCUGAGCAUGGACAACAGGCUGGAGGUGCUGCUGCCACGGCGGCAGGGGCUGGGGCUGUGCUCCACGGCACUGGCCAGUUACCUCAUUGGGCUGCACAACGACUUCAUAUACUCUGUCACCAGAGACACCAAGGAGGAUGACAGGUACCUGGUCAGCCCCUCGGAAGUGGCCGACCUGCACCUGAUCAGUUACGAGGUGGAGAGGGACCUGAUCCCUCUGAUCCUGUCCAACUGCCAGUACAGCAUGGAGAAGGGAGGGGAGACCUUGCAGGACUUUGAUCUGGAGAGGAUCCAGCAGCAAGUGAUCAGCAAGUUCCUGCAGGGGAAGCCACUCAUCACGCUAACGGGAAUCCCCACCCUGGUGUACAGACAUGACAGGAACUAUGAGCAGCUGUUCAGUGAUGUCAAGAACAAGCUGGAGCAGAGUGCUCUGCCCAGUUCUGUGAUGAACAUGAUCAGUGGGGAGCUGCAGUCCUACAGUGAUGUGUGUGAUGCUCUGUCCCUCACUGAGAUUACCCUGGGCUUCCUGGCCAUUGCUGGUGAGAAUGCUGACAUGCUGCUGACUGAGUACAUUGAGCAAGUUCUGCAGAUGGGGGAUCAGACAAACCCUCAUGUGCUGCAGGCCCUCAGACGGUGCCAGCUCAGGCACAGCAUGGCCCUGUGGCAGCUCCUUUGUGCCCACAAAUCUGAGCAGCUGCUACGCCUCGGCAGGGAUCCUUUUGCAGAUGUCAGUCCUGGCUACACAGAACAGCUCACCCCAGAGCUUGUCAAGCUCUUGCACACCUUCCUGGUCCACUCCAGGCUGGAAAACUUCCUGCAGGAGCUCCACGAAAUGAUCAUCCUGAAGCUGAGAAGUGUCCAAGCUGUGGAAGAAUUCAAACCCACGUGGAGCCUGAAAGAAUCACUCGUGCCUUACCUUGAUGCCAAAGACUCUGAAUUAGCUGCGGAGCUGGAAGACACAUUCCCAGAUGAGAUUCUUCUGUCUCAUGCUGCUGAUACCUGGAAAGCAGCUGCUGUCUUCAAGAGGGAGCACAGGGACAGUUAGGACAGAACCCUGCCAGGGAAUGCCACAACACCCAUGUCAGGGCUUCUGGAACUCGGGGCAUUUGUUUGGGGCUUGUUGGUUGUUCUGUGGGUUUGGGGUUGUUGUUUUUACACCUGAUGUGAAGAGGAGAGUGGCUGUGGAGGAGGAGUGUGGGAAUCUAUAAAAUCAGAGGGUUUUGGGAAAGCUGCAAAAGGCAGGCCUCAGAGACAGGAGAACUGUGAUUAGAGCUAAGCAGUAGCCAUAAAAUGUCAGCAGAAAAAUUACAUGAAAAGUAAGGACAAAUGGAACAAUGGUCUGUGUAUUAACGCUUGUCCACAAGAACUCCCUAAGCUGCAGAAAAGUAUAUCUAGCGAGAUAUUAGAAGGUUCUAAGCUUAAUAAUGGAGCUCUGUGCGCUAUGUUUUAAGGCUUACAAACAGGUAUUGUAUUCUAAAUAAGCAAGUGUUGUUUUAACCGGAGGUGCGUGUGCCUGUAGUGAUUCGAUGCUACUGUCAGCAUGCUUUUGCUUUGUGCGAUUGGUCAAAAAACUUAAAAAGUAAGUUGUAACAUUAAGUUCUUGGUCUGCUGCCUGGGAUGUGAGCUGAUGGCAUCUUCCCAUUGCCAUAACCAUGUAAUGAGACCAAUGCUGGAAAAUAAAACGGCUCAAGGCACGUUCCUA